GAGCGCCUAUGCAUCGAUGGACUAGCUAGCGUCUACCGAUCGCAAGCGCCGCACCCGUGAACCGCUUGCUAUUGUCCUCGUGAGCCGAGACCCUCCCGACGGAAACGAAGCAAAAGAGAACCGCGCGAGAGGGGCAGCGUUUCCGCUCCUAAGUGAUACCCAAGAUUCCCCGAGAGCGGCCAUUGUCGGAAUGGCCAAGGAGACGUACGAUUUGCUCUUCAAAUUGCUGCUCAUCGGGGACUCCGGAGUCGGCAAGACGUGCAUAUUGUUCAGGUUCUCCGACGACGCGUUCCACACUACCUUCAUAUCGACCAUCGGUAUUGACUUCAAGAUAAAUACCAUAGAGUUGAAGGGCAAGAAAAUAAAGCUGCAAAUAUGGGAAACAGCUGGCCAGGAGCGCUUCCACACAAUCACGACAUCCUACUACCGGGGAGCAAUGGGCAUCAUGCUGAUGUACGACAUCACCAACAGCAAGAGCUUCGACAACAUAGCCAAGUGGCUGCGCUACAUCGACGAGCGCGCCAACGAAGACGUCGAGAAGAUGAUCCUGGGCAACAAGUGCGACAUGGAGGACAAGCGCCUCGUCUCCCGGGUGCGGGGAAACGCCGUAGCGAUAGACCAUGGAAUCCGGUUUAUGGAGACGAGCGCCAAGACCAAUGUCAACAUCGAGAUUGCCUUCACAGAGCUCGCGGAGGCCAUCUUAAAUAAGCAAAUGACGGGAAAGGAUUUGGCGGAAAACCAGGACAGGCUUAGGGUACUGCCUCCGGAGAAGAGGGUGAUGAAUUGUUGCUAGGGUAUGUUCCAGUAAUUGUCGUGUCAAGAAAGUGAAGCAUACAGAUAACAUAUGAGUGUAAGAGAGAGAGAGAUAGCCUAAAAGAGACACCCACAACACAUAGCAGGUGACUAUGACCAGACAACACUAUACAAAAGCAAAAACGUCGGCAGAUACACGCAGCAAAACCUGGACCCCAAGUAGCUCCCCCCCUAGAGCGUCUUCAUCCACGCCGA